UUUGUUUAAUGACUCGGUUGUUAUUGUUCAACAAAAUCCUGAUUAUUCAUCAUUUUCGUGAAUUCUACGUGAUUAUUUUAGACUUUUGAGUAUAUAUAUAUUUAAACUAAAUAGUAUUCAGAUUGAAAUUAUAAUCAGUUACAGAAAUAUGGAAAAUCCAGCAGGUGAUGCUGGUGAUGCCAAGGACGAAGUGAAUAAUAAACCAAACUGUGAAUAUGUGAUAAAAAACAAUGCUAAAGAGACUGCUAUUGAACCAAUCAAGAUGGAACCUAACCUGCCUGCCGCAGAAAUAAUAGACUUUACUGUGAUUUAUAAUAAGAAUAAACAUGAUGUACAGUUCCCGCUCGACGACAAUGUAGGUCAACUUAAAAAACACCUAGAAGAUGUUAUUGGUGUUCCCCAUUCAUUGCAAAAGGUAAUGAUCAAAGGACUCGCCAAAGAUGAGAGAACAUUGAGAGAGUUGGGAGUGACAAAGGGUAUGAAGGUGAUGGUGGUGGGGUCAAAACUCAACGAUGUCAUAGCAGUAUCCACACAUAGCUCACAGGAUGUUGCGGGAGAUGAUAAUAGCAACACAACUACCACCAAAGAACCCUUCUGUAGGCAAAAGAUGCACAGGAAAGUACUGGAUAAGGGACUACCAGAUGACGUCAUGCCUGGAAUCAAAGACACCAAAGAAGCUCUUCCCCCAUUUCCUCUGGUCGGUAUGCUCAAUAAAAGUGGAGGCAAGGUUCGACUCACGUUCAAGUUGGAGAUGGACCAGGUGUGGAUUGGAACCAAGGAGCGGACGGAUAAGAUACCCAUGAACUCCAUCAAGAGUAUUGUCAGUGAGCCGAUCGAAGGCUUCGAACAGUAUCACGUCAUGGGUUUACAGAUGGGCACCACCGAGGCCUCGCGCUACUGGGUCUACUGGGUGCCGGCUCAAUAUGUUGACUCCAUCAAGGACGCUAUCCUUGGCACUUGGAUGCUUUAGACGAAAUUGAUUUAUUCGAAGAGGAGAAAACUAGGAAGAGAAUAAAUUUGUUUGAAUUAUCUUGAUAUGGUGUAAUUUAAAGAGAUUUUGUCUUUCGUUUCACCUCUACAGUUGUUGGCUUUAUUUUGAGUUUUAUCUUUGUAAAUUAAAUAAGUUAGAUUUUGUAUUUAUUACUUUAUAAAUAAAAAUAAUAUAAAAGUGA